UUUAUUUAUUUGAUCUUUUCCCUGUUUUAAAAAGAAGAAUCGAGUAAUCGGGUGGUUUUGAAGACGAAGAAGGACUAAGACAUCACGAGGAACACGAUGGGUGAAGCGGUCAAGGUAUGUUUUUAUCUUUGUCUCCUCUGCUUCUGAUCUGUUAAUGCCAAUCGAUAAUUCCUAGUUUUGCGAUGCAAGCAUGAAUCGUCGAUUGUUAUCUGAGUGAUUUGAUUCAUUUUCGACGAUUUUCGAAUCAUCAUAACUACUUCUUUUGCUCAAAUCUCGCAGAUGGGAGAGAAGAAGUGAUUCAAGCUUGGUAUAUGGAUGAUAGUGAAGAGGAUCAGAGACUUCCUCACCACAAGGAUCCUAAAGAGUUUGUAUCGUUGGACAAACUUGCAGAGCUGGGAGUACUUAGCUGGAGACUUGAUGCUGAUAACUAUGAAACCGAUGAGGAUUUGAAAAAGAUCCGUGAAUCUCGUGGUUACUCUUACAUGGACUUUUGUGAGGUAUGCCCGGAAAAGCUUCCAAACUAUGAAGUGAAAGUGAAGAGCUUUUUCGAAGAACAUUUACACACUGAUGAGGAGAUCCGUUACUGCGUUGCAGGAACUGGUUACUUUGAUGUGAGAGAUCGUAAUGAAGCUUGGAUUAGGGUAUUGGUAAAGAAGGGAGGUAUGAUAGUCUUACCUGCUGGGAUCUAUCAUCGCUUCACUGUGGACUCUGACAACUAUAUCAAGGCAAUGCGGCUAUUCGUGGGUGAACCGGUAUGGACACCAUACAAUCGCCCACACGACCAUCUUCCUGCAAGGAAAGAAUAUGUCGAUAACUUCAUGAUCAAUGCCUCGGCUUAGAGAGCUUCCUCUCUCUAUAUCUGGCUUUCUGAAACAAGGAUCUAUAAACAAGGCCUACAAUAAAGAAAGCUUUCCUGUCAAGUAUUGGAUAUUUAUAUGUAUUCCUGUGUAGAAUGAUGGCUUUUGGUAUGCUUGAGUUGUUGUAAACUUAGUUACACUCUCUGAUAUGUCUCUCUUUACCAUCUUUGUCGUAUCCCAUAUACGAAAAGAUUACAUUGGGAUUCAUAUUGUCUUACGUUCGUUCCUAUGUGCAAUAUGUUGAGUUUUUACACAAAUC